AGCUCCGGAGGGCCGGGAGGCGGCGGCGGGGCGGCAGCGCGGCUCGUGGCGGCGGCGGGGGGCGGCCAGCUCCCGCCGCCAGCAGCCCGGCACCAUGGCUGCGGCGCCCCCGCGGCGGCGAGACCCCCGCUAACACCCCCCCGGCUCCGUCCCCGGCUCCGUCCCCGUCCCCGUCCCCGCUCGGCGGCCGGCAGCAUGUGGGGCGGGCUGCACCCCCAGCUCGGCGGCAGCCUGCGAGGCUACAGGGCCGGCUCAGAUUAUUCCUCAGUGGGAUGGUUACCUGGUACUGAAUCCCUGUGGCAGUCUGCAGCCAUUGCGUCAAGCAGUCAAAACAAUCCUGUCAGAAGACACAGUAUAGCUUCCGACAGCGGGGACACUGGGAUUGGUACCUCCUGUUCUGAUAGUGUGGAAGAUCAUUCAACGUCAAGUGGUACAUCCUCGUUUAAGCCCAGCCGAUCACUGGUUUCCAUUCCCACUGCCCAUGUGAUGCCGUCUAAUGCCAGCUCUUCGCUUUCCAAACACAGGGAAGCUUUCAAAUCUGACGGCUCAAAAUGGAGUACGAGCUUGGGACGGUCAGGAGGAGGCAGAAAUCAGGAUGUCCUGGACAAUUCUCUUGACAUGAAGGGUGCAAGACCUGUAAGAAAAUGGUCCUCCUUGUCCAAGCUCAGCUCACCAAACACCUUCAGCCAGGAUGGCAGUAGUCAUUCAGCGGACUCCAGGACUAGCACAGACAAACCUGUGUCACCACAAUUAAGGACAAAUGGGCCAAAUUGUUUGCAUGAUAGCAUGGAGCUCUUAAAAAUCGAGGACAAGGAGACGGGGAAAAAACGAUCUUCUCUACUGGACUGCAAAUACAAAUUUGAAACGUGCAGCAAAGAUGACUUUGUUUCAGAUUCCUCAAGCAGGAGACAUGCCUUAGACUUGACCGCCUACAGUGCCUUACCUGAAAGCAAACCCGUGGCUGCCAGCUGUGAAGCUUUUGGACAGAGAUACGCGACUCUGGGACAGCAGGCUGUGAGCGGAGCCCCCAUACAGCCGGCAGUCAGGACUCAGAUGUGGCUUAAAGAACAGUUGCGGGCAAAUCCCCUGGACUGCAGGACUGCCGAGGAGCCCUACGGUGUAGCUGCAUGGCAUGUGCAGCAGCUGGAGGAUUUUAGACCAGGGGGUGAACAGCCUGUGCAGGUUCCAACUGGAACAUCUCGUCAGAGUUACCCAGCUACCAGCUAUCAGGACUUCAGCAACUGGGAGUCUCUAAUGAAAAUUAAAGAGGGGCUGCUAAGACAGAAAGAGAUUGUGAUCGAUCGGCAAAAGCAGCAGAUUAACAAUUUACAUCAAAAGAUAAGAGAGAAUGAAUUAAGAGCUCAACAUGCAAGACUGAGCCAUCUUGUGAACUGCGAAGAACCUUACAUGACUAAUUUGCAGCAACCACAGUAUGAGGGCACAUCACUGCAACCUCACGUGUCAGAAAGAUCAACAUCCCACCUUGAGGAGCUUGAGAGAAAGAUUGCAGCAGCCGAGAAUAAGGAAUUACAACUCAAUGAAUUUCUAAAACAAAUUUCAAACAAAUCUAGCGAGGAGAAAAAGAAGAUGGAAGAAAAACUUAAAACUAGAGACCGGUAUAUUAAUAGCCUGAAAAAGAAAUGCCAGAAAGAGUCUGAGCAAAACAAAGAAAAACAGAGACGCAUUGAAACCUUAGAAAAAUACCUGGCUGACCUGCCAACGCUGGAUGAUAUAGAAGGUCAGACUAAACAGCUGCAAAUCCUAGAGGAGAAGAACAAGCAACUGCAAGAAACUAUGACUGAGCUGGAAAACAAGCUUGGAGAGGCUCGAUCUCAGUGCAGAGAGAGAGAAUUGCAACUGGUGUGUCAGAAGAAGAAAGAAAAAGAGCUGGUCACAACAGUGCAGAGCUUGCAGCAGAAAGUAGAAAAAUGCCUGGAAGAUGGUAUUCGCCUUCCCAUGUUGGACACAAAACAGCUUCAGAGUGAGAAUGAAUGUCUCAAAGAAAAGAAUGAGAAAGCCAGUAAGGUCAUAGACAAUCAACAAAAACAGAUAGCUGGACUGAUUUUAGACAUGCAGUCUAUGCAAGAGAAGCUUUUGCAAGAAAAGCGGACGGUUCAGAAGAUGGCAAAUGAGCUUGAAGAAAAAGAAAGGAAUAUAGAGCAGUUAAAUAAAACUUUCUCUGAAAACCAAAGACUGAUGGAAGAGAAUGCCUCUCUGAAGGAGCAGAUACGGCAGGUGGAGCAGUCCCGGCAGCCAGUAUCUGAGAAGAUGCCUGUAGCAGACCAGUUGUUCAAGGAGAUGUCCCAUUGCUUGUUUGACUUGAAAGCUCUGUGCAGUAUUCUCACCCAGAGAGCUCAGGGCAAGGAGCCUAACCUUUCCUUACUGCUGGGAAUCAGAUCACUGAGCUGUUCAGCUGAAGAGAACGAAAAUUACCACAGCACAGAGACUCUUUCGAAGAAGCUCUCAGACGUUUGUCAGUUACGAAAGGAUAUCGAUGAAUUAAGAACUAUAAUGUCAGACCGUUAUGCUCAGGACAUGGGGGACAAUUGUAUUACUCAAUGACAACAUUUCAUCUGGUAGCAAAUGACUUAUUAAAUGCUGCUGUGUCACAGGUCUUUGCAUUUCUAUUAAGGAGCCAUAUUGGAAGAUUGCAAAUAGCGCUGCACAUGCAUCUCUGUGAGGAUCGUGCCUAUUUAGUCUCGGGAGUCGGGUGAGGAGGGGAGAGUCAUGGUUGAAGUAGAGUGGUACAAACUACAAGAAAUCUUUUCUCCAAACUACUGAAUGUAGGAACAAGCUGUGAAGAAUGUUUCAGUUGGACUCUGUUUCUUCCAUUAGGACUCAUUUUAUUGCUUCAACUAGUUUCUGGAAUCAGAGCAUCAGAACAGCCGUACUGCUGCCGCUCUCAGUCCUUCCCUCCUUCAAGGGUUUGAAUGGUAUUGCCUGUAUUCUGAAAUCAGUGCAGACGGUCAAGGGACACCUGUAGCUGUAUGUGGUGAAAGACAGGGGUUCUGCAACUUCGUUUCACUGCAGGAAUUGCAAUCAGAACAGUCUUAGAAUGCUGCAAGCAUUAGCCGCUCUUCAAGUUGCCUAAAGAAUUUGAUACAGGAAAUACAUUGGUUUUAGUAAUGUAUGUCUGGCUUGUUUUCCAAACGGUGGAAGAAAAUCAAGUUUCAACUCCUCUACGCACCUGAAGUCCAUAAAAUUUACCACUAUCAAAUUGUUUUAAGCACUGUCACGUUACUUUGAGAAGUUUCAAUGACAUGAAGUCUGUAACAAACCCAAGAAGCUGGGAGGCAGGAAACUGCAGUAUAUAGUAUGUGGCUGUCUGAAAAAAAAGAAUAGACUGUAUUGUGUUCAUACCACACUUACCUUUUUGUUCUGUCAUCUCCAUUUUAAAAUGUGGCUGGUCUGUAUCUGUGUCCCUAAAGACCUCUGACAAGGUUGUGAACAACUUCAACCAUUUUCUGCUGCAGCUACAAAAUGAGUGUUUGGCACUUGUCAAAGUCAGGGCUCAAAACAGAGUAUUUCCCUUUACCAGUAUUAAAUUCUGUGUUAUCUGAGGGCUGCAAAAUUUUCCACGUUGUUUGGUAAUUCUUGGUUUCUCCCUUUCCGUAGGAAGAGAUUACACGUUAAAAAGAAAAAAAAAAAAAAGAUCAUGUUGCAUAGUUUGUUCAGUGAGUGUCACUUGGCAGUGCUAUUUCACUGCUGUGGUGGGACAGAUGAAAUAUUAACACUUCCAAUUUCCUGGAACAUUACUGAAAUAUAACUGAACAGUUGUGCAUGAUGUAAAAUACUAUUCAGCUGAAGGAAGCAAGAACUCAUAAGGAGCAAAACCACUCUCAGAUCACAUUAUUUAAAAAAUAGAUGAGCAUCAGUCAUAGUUGUGAUAUUAAAAGAAAGUUUCAAGUGACUACGGCACAGGUCACGGUGUGCUGACCUGUAGUGUGGAUAACAGCAGAAAUUGCUUAGAAAACAUAGCAGUUAGAGCAAAGCAAAUUCUAGGGUAACAUUUUUAUAGCAAAAGGGUCAAUAUCUUCAGUUUUCUGAUGAUAUCUAUGUUAACAGAAAAAAAUGGUUACAGCAACAUAGACUGCAGUUAACUAAGUUUAACUUGGUGAUGUUUUGCUUUCUGUUCAUUGUUACACAGUUAAUGUUUUUAUAAUUUAGUGAUUUCCUUUUUUUUUUUUAACUAUAUGGACUUAUUUAUUUGAUGUUUUUUUCUCUAUCAUGAACCUACCGUGAACUAAUCUGUGAAAAAUAGCGUUCAAUUUGUAUUAUUGCUAUGUGGCAUUUUCAGAUAGAUUGCUCUGACUGGUCCAGCUCCUGUCAGCACUGAAAUGUUGUCUAGAUGAAAUCUCCAGUGAAAUUGCAUAGUGUCUUUUACUGUCAGGUAAGAAAAAAGAAAGGAGGCAAUUUUAUUUUGUAUUUCUGUACGCUGCUCUUUCCAUAGUUUUGAAGGUGUACUUUUAUAGUAGUGCAGAACUGAAAACAAGGAGCUUUGCACAAAUAGGCUUGCCCAGUUACCCGUGCCUCUGACAGUAUGGGCUUCUGUGACAAGGGCCUCGGCUUAAUUCCUUUCACAUAGUUCAUUGGUUUGGGCCCUGCAGUGAAGGAGUAGUCCGCAGUCUAUGGCUGCUCUCUGGUAUCAGAAAUUCAGUAACAGGAUUUCAGAUAAUAAACUAGAAGUAUCAGGGAGAGACUAAAUACCUAAGUAGCACGUUAUUAUUUCCUUAGAUGGAAAUGUACCUGCAAAAAUUACCACGCAAUGCAUUUUUCUGAAUUUUGUGGAAAUAAGAAACAAGUUCAGUAGGGCAAUUAGAAACAGGAGAGGUUUUUUGAGUCACUGUGUCCUAUUAAGCUGGUCACUUGACUGGUGUGGCUCCACUGUCCCCGCUGUUAAAUGGUGAUACUGUACAGCAGAUUCAAGAUCAGUAAGUUAAUAUUUCCAAAGCACUUCACUUCAGGAGCUUUUCUGCUCUGUAAGUAUUAGUUGAAAGUCCCUCAGGAAGGAGGUCCCAUUUUAUUUGUAAUACUUGGAUUGCAAUGCUGUAAUCUUGCAUUUUAGUAUGUUUUUAGGGAAGCUGUAAUAUUUAUGUUAACUGUAAAGCACUUGAUAUAAAACAAACAAACAACAACAACAUCACAACUGAGUUUACCUGUCUCAGUCAGAUUAAAGUAGGGAGGUAAAUGAUGGAUGUUUGAGCCAAAGAUGCAGGCUACCGACUGAAUACCUAGAGUGAUACAGUAUUUUGCUUUGAUUUCUUAAAAUUUGGCCUGUUGUAGUAGUAGCAAUUACUAUAUAUGCAUCAGUUUACAGAUGCCUCUAAAUGGAAUAAGCUUUGUCUAAGAUAUGCAUGACAGUUUAAUUGGUUAAAAUGUAGUGUGUGUGGUCUCAUUCAGCAUAUUUAAUACGCAGUUGAUUAAUGAAUGUUAACAUUGGAAUCGCUUAGAUUUAGUCAUGACAACUUUUUGCUGUAGCUGGUAGACAAUCUCAAGGGCUGAAAAAUAACUGCUAAUGAAUGAAUACUGUACCGGUCUGUCUGUUAGCAGAUUUGUACAGUGGCUUUUUUGUAUAGUUUCAGAUGGAAUUUAUACAGUCCUUUUAGAAGAUAUUUACAGUAACUACUGUAUUCAAGAAUGUAUUUUGAAAAAGACUUGGAAAGUCUUGGGACAAGCUAUAGAUGAUGCUAUGUAUUUACUAUAUAGAAGUAAUGCAGCUCGGUUGUGUAAACGUGAUUUAGGUUCCUAGCCUCAGCUGUGUAGCUUUAUAGUGCGAUAGUUCUGUGAAGUUGCUGAGAUUGCUGUCACCACCCACUCAGACUUCAACAUUUGAGACUGCCAGUGGCUCUGAAAUAAUGGCAAGAGCUGAAGUUUUGUCCUUUUCACUUCAAAAGGGUUCUUCCCUUCCUUUGCCCUCACUACCUGCCUGUUGUUGCAGAUAUUUUUCUUGCAGGGUAAGAGCACAAGGAAGGAAAGAAAGAAAUCCUUCCUCCACAACGCGUUGCCCUAGCACUGGUAGCAGUGGCCCGCUGCAGUCUGUCAGCACGGGCUGAGUUUUUGUCCCUGUUGCUGCUGGUUACAUAGGUGGGGUUGCAGGUGGAGUUGGGCUCUUCCUGCUGGUGUAACGAGUCCUGUCAGGAGUGGGGAAAGAUCUUCAGGAUUAAUCUGCAUUCGUAGGCUGCAAACAAGUCAGUGGUUAGUACCGAAAGGGAUGAUUUUAUUCCAGUAGCUCAUUAGCAAUAUUAAAUCCACAGCUGCAUACCUUUGUGCCUUUUUUGCCUGAUGUAAGUGUAUAUUCCCUUUGAACUUUAGAUAACUCGUUAGAAUGCUGAUGACUGCACCUUGUUUUCCUCUUACCUGCCUAUGUUUUGGUUCUAGACUUUUGUAGUAAGAACUCUUGCAUAAUACCUAGAAGCGUAAGUACUCGAAAUAGGUACUCGGUGUACACUUUGAGUGUUAGGCUGGUUGUAGUAUGCAGCUUUCUUGAAUAUGAAGUGUGAGCAGGAAACUCAAACCAUAAUGUGUUUAUUUUGUAUAUAUUAAUUACAGUCUAUCAUUAGUUCAAUGGGGAGGAGUGUCUGGAGCUAUCUUUUAAAAGCACAGCUGACAUAUGUACUGGAUCAGUCUCUGCAGACUGGUAGUCUUGUAAAUUGGGUUCAAUUUUUGAACCGCUCCGAAUACCUCAUAUGUAAAUAGAGUUGUCAUGACUUAAUCCAAAUGUGUUCAUUGUAAAAAGUAAAGGAGCCACUGGCUGGCUCAGCUUUAGGCUUGUUGUUCUUGCCUCUUUUUGUAAUUUUUUUUAAAGUAGGGUUUACAGCUAGAAUUUUGAAUGCCAAAGUUCUAUUUAUUAAAUAAUAAUAAAAGUUUUCAUUGUUAAUGACUGGUAUUUUUCCACUGGAAUUUGUUUGUUGAUGUUUGGGAUUUGUAUCCACAGAGCAAAAAUAAAUUUUGUUACAAAAUUGA